CUGAAAUUGUUAACUCAUUAGCUCGUUAGCUGCUUAGCAAAUUCUAGAGUUCAAAAAAAAAAAAAAUACAAGUCUAUAGCUUUCUAUAUAUAUAGAGCUACAGCUAUGGAUCAGCAGCAGCAGCGCAAGGACAAAAUCGCUUUGUACAAAGCGAAGAAAUUGGAGGAGGCCAAGAAGGCGCGACAAAAUCGCGUUGGUAAAGAAGAAAAAAAUGGAGGAAUCAUUAGCUCGUUAGCUGUUACAGCUAUGGAGCAGCAGCGCAAGGACAAAAUCGCCUUGUACAAGAAGAAAAUGGCGGAGGCCAAGAAGGGGCGACCACGUGUGCCGCUCGUCGAUACGUUGCCCGAUCUGUUCCUUCGCAAGCCCACGCAUCCAUCUCGUGUGGCCACCUCGAAGCGCUUGGCCAGUGAAAACGACGCCCGUGGCUCCUCGCCCAAGCGACUGGCUGGCUAUGAGAUACUGAAGCAGGACGAGACCGACAAGGAAAUGGAAAUGGCGAUGUCCGCCAUGGGCGUCGGCUGCAGCUUGGGCAUCACCUUCUCGCCCAAGCGCAAGCGUGUCGACAACAACAACAACGACAACAACAACAACAACACUGAUAAUAGACCAUUCGUUGAGAAGAUGCUGCAGCCGCUGCCGCGGGACGAGCGCGAGACGGUGCCGAUUCCACGCCAGAGCUCAGACUAUGAUUACAUUAAAAUUCAACCGCGGGGCAUUAGGAUCAGCGCCUGCGGCUCAUCAUCGCGUUUGCAUUCAUCGUCCGAUGAUGAUGAUGAUGAUGCUGAUGAUGUUGAUGAUGCUCAAGCUGAGCUCAACAAAUAUAAUGUACACUGAGCAAAGUAAGUUAUGCACUACACUCCACACUAAUAUACACUGUAAAAAUGUUUAGUUAUUUUUAGCAGUUGCAUGUUUCAAUUAAAUUGUAUUAUUAUGUUUAAGCGCU